AUGUCUGACGAAUUGUCAAAACGAGAAUUAUUUUCUUCGGAAGAUGAUGCCGAUAAUGAUGAUGAAGAAUGUUCGACGUCGACCGAUGAACGAGUAGAAUUGCUUGAUUAUGAAAGAAAUGUCAUGCUUGACACGUUUUCCGAUGAUGUUCUCUUCAUUUUGGCCAAAGGAUUAGGUUUAGAACGACUCGUUCUUCAUCAUCUACACUUAUAUUCGGAUCCGAAAUUACUCGUUUUUAUUGUCAAUACAACACCAGCUGACGAGUGUUACUUUAUAUCGAACUUAAAGGAGAUCUCGAAGUCAUGUUUGCCAAGAGUGAUAAACUCAGAUGUUUCGACGAAAGACAGAGAGAUUUUGUAUAUGCAAGGUGGUAUUCAUUUUAUAACAUCUCGAAUUUUAAUGGUAGAUUUAUUACAAAACCGAGUACCCGUUAAGAAUGUCGCUGGUAUAAUCGUUCAUCAUGCACAUCAAUUAUUGAGUGGAUUUCAAGAAUCAUUUAUUUUGCGGCUAUAUCGCGAAAAAAAAGCUGAUGGUUUCGUUAAAGCAUUCAGCGAUAAUCCUAACGUGUUUACCUCCAUCGGCGAACUUCAACGUUUAGUUAGCCGUUUGUAUAUUCGACGAGUAAGGCUUUUGCCUAGAUUCGAUGUUGAUGUUAAGCGAGCUCUUGAUCUUUAUACCCCAAAAAUGAUUGAAAUGUGUUCUGAUCUACCUCAUUCAAUGCGAAAAGUUCAGUCGGCAUUGGUUGACAUUAUUAGAACAUGUGUUAAUGAACUGAAACAAUGUUCAACUGGUUUUGAUAUAAUAACCGAAGAAGAGAGCAGUCAUCCUUCAUCGGGUCUUAAUCCUUCGAUGCUGGAAAUCCAACUUAAAUGUCAACAAUUCUCAUUAACUGAAAAACAACAACGACUUUUAAAUGACUUAAAGCAGUUAAGAAAUCUUCUUUACCAGGCUGAAGAAUUGGAUGCUGCAACACUUUAUCGUAAUUUAUUAAAUAUUCGACGUGAUAAAGAUCUAUUAACCAAUAAUAGUGGUUGGAUCUUUACGCAAACUGCUUCGAAAUUAUUUAUUGAAAUCGAACAAAUGUAUUAUCCAAAAUGGUCUGCUUUAAAAAGUGUUUUGGAAGAAAUACGAAUUACUUAUAAAGCACGACGAAAAUCUAACUUAUCCGAUUCGCCAAUUGUUCUUAUCGGAGGUGGGCGCGAAGUAUGUUUUCUUAUCCGUGACCUUAUUAAAUGGGGACUGAAAAGAUUUAAAUGGGUUAAAAGGAGUCAGAUAAUUAGUGAAUUGACAACCAAAAGCAAUUCACGAGAGCCACAAGCAGAACCUUUGUGGGAUCCCGAUCGUGUUAUUCUUUCUGUUUCAAGCUUAGAGGAUGAACAAAAAAAUGAUAUUGUUACAACUGUGAAAGCAGAUCAAAAAUUAAUUGUAAGGAGAGGACGAAAGCGUCGAAAGCUUAUCGAUGAAGAAAUUUCUAAAAAAAGAGCCAUAGAUAACGGGCAAACUAGGCUGGUACAAUUUGGAAUCGUGCAGUAUAAAAGGCUUAAAGAGAAAGCAGAAACCAACUAUAACAACGCUAUAGCAGAACCAAACAGUAAUGUCGAAGUAAGCGACGAAGGAUCAUGCAAGCAAACUGAUGAACCACUGAAAGAAAGUGACCCACUUUUAUUAAUAAUUCCUCAUGGUGAAAAAUAUAGUAUAUUAAGACAGUUGAAAUGCCUUGCGCCUAAUUUUGUAAUACUUUAUCAUUCGGAUUUGACAACGCUUCGGUUACUGGAGAUUUAUAAAGCGUGUAACGUUGAUCAUGACUUAUUUAUUUAUGUAUUAAUGUAUCGCGAAUCUAAUGAAGAAGAACGAUAUCUUUAUUCUCUUCGAAAUGAACAACUUGCUUUCGAACAACUUGUGCGAGAACAAGGGUCAUUAUUAAUUCCACGAGAAUAUGACACAGCUCGAGAGACUACCAAUUGUUUAAAUUUGGCUAAAUCAUCGCGUAAUGCUGGUGGUCGUAUUGAGCCAGAAGAAUCUGAAAAUCCGAAGAUAAUUAUUGAUAUGAGAGAAUUCAACUGUGAACUGCCAACAAUUCUAUAUAAACGAGGUAUAGAUCUAGUGCCUGCAACACUUGAAGUGGGUGAUUAUAUUCUCGCACCUGAUGUUGCAGUUGAAAGAAAAGCAUUAGAUGAUCUCGUUCAAUCUCUUCAUAGCGGCCGCAUAUUCAAACAAAUAGAGCAAAUGCUGCGGCAUUAUGAAAAUGUCAUUUUGCUCAUAGAAUCAAAUAAAAGAGACAAUUUUCGAAAAAUAACGGGUGGACCCUUUCAGGGCGAAUUGAGUCGUAGGUGCCGAGAAACUCGUGGGCUAUUCACGAUAUUAGUACGAACUUAUCCCCAGUUGAAUGUUGUUUGGACGAUGGACCCUACUAACUCUGCCGAGAUGUUUGAAGAAUUUAAGUUGAAUAAGUUGAAUCCAGAUGUUAAUAAAGCUAUUGCGCUUAGAAGCGAUGUGGAGAAUAUCGUAAUAACGGAAGCAACGGGAAAAGAACAGUGUAUUGAAAAUUUGCCAAAAGUUAAACGUUUUAAUUCUGUUCUUCAACGGCAAUUAGCUCGCCUACCAUCAAUGAAUAUGAAUGAUGUUGUACGUUUGAUGAGCUCGGAUAAAGUGAACUGCCUCUUGGAUAUUAUUAAUGCAGAUAUGGAAAAGAUAUUCGAUAUUACGAAUAAUGAAACUCAAGCAGCCACAUUGUACAAAUUUUUUAGUACGGAUUUUAGGGAAGAAGGCGUUUGA